AUGUCGGACUGGUGGUGCUCUGGCCGGGAACGUGUAGUCAUUCUUGGGUCAGGCUGGGCAGGCUUCACCGUUGCCCGCGCUCUUGACCCCUCAAAGUAUCAAACUGUUGUCGUUUCUCCCCGGUCAUACUUUGCCUUUACCCCCCUGCUUGCCUCCACAGCAGUAGGCACACUGGAAUUUAGAACUGCACUAGAACCCGUGCGGAGCCGAAGGACUAAAGUGGAAUUUCUGCAGGGCUGGGCUGAUGAUGUGGAUUUCAAGAACCGGACCAUUACUAUUGAAGAGGCGGUCGAUGAUCCAAAGCAAGGUGUGGCGCUGACGACUGACCGUCACGCGGGGAAAACUACAGAGCAGAGGGCUCUUGAGAAAAAGCAGGAGACCAAAGAGGGCAAAAUGUUUGAUGUGAACUACGACAAGUUAAUUGUUACCGUGGGCUGCUACAGCCAGACAUUCGGUACACCGGGCGUCAAGGAACACGCCUUCUUCCUCAAAGACGUGGGCGACGCACGCAGAAUCCGAAACCGCAUCCUAGCUUGCUUCGAAGGCGCCGCUCUCCCCACGACUCCCAUAGACAUGAAACGUCAACUACUAAACUUUGCCGUUGUAGGCGGCGGACCAACAGGCAUCGAGUUCAGCGCCGAACUCCACGACCUGAUCAACGAGGACUUGAAGAAGCUAUACCCAGAACUCAUCCAGUACCACAAGAUCACCGUAUAUGACGUAGCAGAAAAGGUUCUCCCCAUGUUCGACAAGAAACUAGCCGACUACGCCAUGCAAAAGUUUAAGCGUGAAGGCAUUGAUAUCAAGACGAGUCAUCACGUCGAGGAGCUGCGUGCCGGUACACCCGUGGAAACGAGUAACUCUGGAAAAGUCCAAGACUCGCAUCUCUACACACUCAAAAUUAAAGAACAAGGUGAAAUCGGUGUGGGCAUGUGCGUAUGGAGCACAGGCCUAAUGCAAAACCCCUUCGUCCAUACCGCCCUCUCCAGCGUGCGCUCCGCCCCUUCUAAUCUCAUCCCUUCUUCUCCCUCUUCUUCUUCCUCUCCACCCUCCUCCAUCCAAUGGAUCGUAAAAAAAGACCCAAAAACCGGCUCUAUAAUAACAGACUCCCACCUGCGUGUUAAACUCGUCCCCGCCUCAUCUUCGUCUGCAGACAAGGAUUCUGCCUCAGCAGACAAAACAGAAGCAAUCAACCCAGACGUCUUUGCCCUAGGCGACUGCGGCACAAUCGACGCAACAAACUACCCAGCCACAGCGCAAGUCGCAAGUCAAAAAGCCGUGUGGCUCGCCAAACAACUGAACAAAUCGCCCACCUUGGCCGAAUCUGCAAAAGGUUUCACGUAUAGGGAUUUGGGCACGCUGGCGUAUAUCGGGAAUUGGAAUGCGCUCUUCCAGGGCGGCGGCAAGUGGGGUGGGAGACUGCAAGGCUACGUAGCGUGGAUUAUUUGGCGGGGAGCGUACAUUACGCGAACGGUGAGUUUGAGAAACAAGGUGCUUGUACCGGUUUAUUGGGUGGUGAAUUGGGUGUUUGGGAGGGAUAUAAGUCGGUUUUGA